AACUUGAUUCUCUUUCCGGCAGAAUGAAAACAUGUAGACUAGAAUCUAGAAAGAAACCGCCUGUGGAUUGAUUAACACCGGUUGUUGUGACCAUGUGCUAUUGUUGAUAAUCUGUCACUGGAGUAAAUAAGAUUCCUGUUAUUUAUUUCUUGCUCUCAAAGAUAUCUUAUCUUCAUAACCAGUGAAUAAUAAUUGAUGUGCUCUAUUAACACUCAUUCUAGUUCUGAGAGGUGGAUAUGUACGCAACCAUUGCUUUGUUAGGUGAUAAGUUAGGAACGGUUUUCUCUUAAAAUAUCACAUUGAAAUUUCUGGUAACUUCAGAACGCUUUUCAAAAGAUGGCACACUUAAGCGCAUGAAAGAACAAGGACUCCAAGCAUUCACGGCCGGGAGCAUUUUAAUUGUUCUGCAUAUUUCUCUGUGUUAUCUGUUGUUUCUUCUUGACCAUGCAGCUAUGAUAACAGCAAGACUAAGAAAACUUGAAGGCUGACUUUAAAAAAAAAAAUUAAAAGCUCAUGAUGGAAAGAAGAAAUUCGAAUGAUGAUAAACGAUAUUCAGUAGCAAAUUAUAAUUAUAACAGGUCAAACUCAAAUGAAAGGAAACAUUGGCGAGAUGAGGAUCUGGAUGAAGAAAUGGAAGACAUUUUUCAUCCUCCUGCAGAACAGUGUUCUAUUGCUAAUCUCAGUAGUGAUGGAGAAAUUGAAGGAAGGGUUCGUUUUGAUGAAAACGAUUAUAACUUGCACAGAAGAGAGAGUUUUCAAUAUCAUCAGCCACUUCGAAAACUAUAUCACCAUAAGCAUAAAAAAUCAUAUAGCAGGAAAAGUAUUGAUGAAUCUGCAUCUCAUAUGUCGAAAGUCCCAGAGGAACAAGCAUUGGAGUUGUCCAAAGAAAAAGAAAAGGCACAGGACGCUGCUGUCUUGCUUGAUGGGGUGACAGAUAAUUCUCUUCAAGCAAACCAAGUGAAUUCAUCCAAAGAAAAUAAUCAUAAUGACAAAGUUCAGUUUUAUGUCGGAAGUUCCUCAUCAUUAGAGCAUGUCCUCGCACCUCCAUCUGAAUCAGAAAAUAACAAUAAGUCACACAAACCUCCACUGAAAUCUGUACUUCGUGGCCUAUUAAGUGGCCCCAUUGAUUUAAACCUAUCAAAAGAUUCUUCAACUUCCCCCAAAGAAGAUAAAGGAGGGACUGUCCAAGAAACCGCUGUUGAUGCUGGUGAUGCUACUAAAGUGUUGAAGGAUUCUUCUUGUACUUUUGACCUUUCAAAGCCAAAAGUGAAGUUCAUGCUUGGUGAAGAAUCAAAAAAUGAUUUACAAAAAGAGAUCAAUGAAAAUUCGAAGCCAAGUAAGCACAGAUCUUACAGAAGACAUUCAGUUAGGAGAAAACACCAUGGCUUUAAUAUCGAUGUCAAAAACUAUACUACUGUGUUGGAGCCAGAAGAAGCAGAAACUCUUCAGACUGCUGAUAUUGAUGAUAUGGCUAGUCAUCGUUUUGAAGAUCCAAAGGGUAUUCGAAGGCAUUUAAUCCAAGAUAAGGCAUCUGUGGCUUCUCUAUUAAAUUCCACUAAAGAGGAUGGAGCAUAUAAGACUAUACCAUUUAAGAAAGUGUUUGAUCAUGAUCCCCAUGAGAAUUUUGUGGAACUACAUGAAUUACAAGUUACUGAUUUAGUAACAGAAUGGAGGGAAACAGCUCGUUGGAUUAAGUAUGAGGAAGAUGUUGAAUUUGGUCCCAAUAGAUGGGGUAAACCCAAAGUACCACCAUUAAAGUUUCACAGCAUGCUGAAACUACGCCAGUGUUUAGAACAAGGGUCAGUGCUCCUAGAUUUGGACGAAAAAGAUUUUUUUAGUGUAGCUCAAAGAGUUGUAGAAAAUUUAGUUGUCACUGAUCAAAUAGAGCCAGAUGAAAAAGAGUAUAUUUUGCAGAUUUUAAUGAAUAGACACCGACACAUGAAUGAUAAAAGUAUGCCAAUGAGAAGAAAUAGUUCAGGUUAUGGAAACUUAAAUCUAUUAAGUCACGAUAAAAACAGAUCACCCAUUUUCAAUAAGCCUUUGAAGUUUAAACAGGAAAAUGAUCUGAAUAAACACCAUGAUGAUGACCAUGAAACAUCACCCUCAGCUGCAGAAACAGUUAUUUUAAUGCCAAACAAUAAUCAUCAUACAAAUGUAGAAAUUACCCCAUCAAAGUCAAAAAACUUAGUUCAAGACAAAAGUAAUGUUCAAGGUAUUCUUAAAAGACUUCCAGAAAAUUCUGAAGGUUCUGUAGUUCUUGUUGGAACAUUGGAAACAUUGGACAGACCUAUUUGCACAUUUGUUCGCUUAGGAGAAGGUACAAAAAUGGCAAAUCUUCUUGAAGUUGAUAUAAAAAUUCGUUUUAUAUUCAUGCUUCUAGGACCAUCUAAUAAAGGAUUAGAUUAUCGUGAAAUUGGUAGAUCAAUGAGCUCACUAAUAAACAAUAAGGAUUUUAUCAUAUCUGCUUAUAAAGCUAACAAUCGUAAUGAUUUCUUGCAUGCAAUCCACAAUUUUCUUGAUAAUAGUGUUGUUCUGCCUCCUGGAAAUUGGGAUAGCAAGGCAUUGUUACCUGUUGAUGAAAUAAGAAGAAAAAGUUUAGUUCCUCCUAAACGUAUCAAAGAUCAAGAGGAAGAUAAACCACCUCCAUAUGAUCCUUUGAAGCGUACUGGAAAGAUAUUUGGUGGCUUUAUCCAAGACAUAAAAAAUCGAUAUCCAUUUUAUUGUAGUGAUUUGAAAGACAGUUUUAACUUUCAGUGCAUAGCAUCCAUACUUUUCAUAUACUUUGCUGCAGUGUCUGGAGCUAUUGCUUUUGGUGGGUUAUUGUCUGAAAAAACAAACCAAAACAUUGGGGUGACUGAGACUCUUUUAGGAACCUCAACAUGUGGCAUAAUUUUUUCGCUCUUUGCUGGUCAACCUCUAAUUAUUAUAGGGACAACGGCACCUCUGGUUUUGAUUGAUGAAACUUUGUAUCAGUAUCAAGAAUAUUAUUCAUCUGAAUAUCUAGUCAUAAGAGUAUGGGUUGGAAUAUGGAUUGCAGUAAUUGCUAUAACUCUUGUUGCUGCUGAAGGCUCGAUUCUUGUGAAAUUUUUCUCGAGGUUCGUACAGGAGAUAUUUGCCACCAUGAUAGCUUUGAUAUUUAUCUAUGAAUCUGCUGUAAAAGUUGUUAAGAUAUUCAACGAGAAUCCACUUCUGAGUACUUAUCCAUCUUUAAAUGAAACAUAUGUUCCCAUAUUCACAAAUGAUACAAACUCAACAGAAGCUUUUGUUCCUCCAAAAAUUCCACAUCCUAAUACUGCAUUAUUGUCAUUGAUUUUGACGCUUGGAACCUUUUAUUUAGCCUUUUCUCUUCGUCACUUUAGAAACAGCCAUUUUCUUGGAAGAAAUGCAAGAAGAGCUCUUGGAGAUUUUGGAGUUCCAAUUGCAAUUGUUAUCAUGGUUCUGAUUGAUUAUUGUAUUCCAAAUACUUAUACUGAAAAAUUAAUUGUACCUGAAGGAUUAAGCCCAAGUACUGACAGAAGUUGGAUUAUAUCACCCUUUCCUGUCAAGGCAUGGGAAGUUGCAGGUGCCUUUGUCAUUGCUAUUUUAGUCUUCAUUUUAGUUUUUUUGGAAACACAAAUAGUUGAACUUAUCCUAAGUAAAAAGAAGCUGAAAAAAGGAUCUGGAUUUCAUUUGGACAUGGUUAUAGUAGGUAUCAUAAAUGCUGUAAGUGGAUUUAUUGGUGGCCCCUGGCUUUGUGCUGCUUGUGUCAGGUCCAUUACACACGCAUCAAGCUUAACGAUUUACAGUAAGACUCAUGCUCCUGGUGAAACACCUCACAUUAUUGAUAUCAAAGAACAAAGAAUCACAAACUUUAUGGUAUCAUUUCUUGUUGGAGCAUCUAUAUUGAUGGCACCAUUAUUGAGACAAGUUCCAUUUUGUGUGUUGUUUGGAGUAUUCUUAUACAUGGGUAUAUCAUCAUUAAGUGGCAUCCAUCUUUAUGAAAGAUUUCUCCUUAUUUUUAUGCAUAAGAAACAUUUUCCAGACUUCUCAUUUGUUCGCAAGGUGAAAAUUAGCAAAAUGCAUACUUAUACAGGUAUUCAAAUCGUUGCUAUUGUUGUGAUUUGGGUUGUCAAAGAAUAUGCUACUCUUGCAUUUCCUUUUGCACUUUUAUCCAUGAUUGCUGUGCAUGCUUCUAUGAAAACAUGCUGGAAUCCUGAGGAAAUGAAAGCUUUGGAUGAAGAAGGUGAAGAAGCUGAGCAGGAAGAUGAGCCAGAUUUUUAUGAACAAAUGGUGGUUUGAAACCCAAUUUUAAAAAUUGGCUUGAAACUGAAGCCAAAUUUUGAUAAUUGGUCAGAAACAGAAACCAAUUAUGGAAAUUGGUCUGUUGUAAUAGUAUUUUAGCUGCUAACUUUGAAACAGUUUUCUAAACUUUCCUUAACAAGUAGUAGAUUUUGUUUAUACAUUAUGAAUGAUGUUUAUGUUUGCAAACUCAAUGUUUAUACUCUAAACACUAAUGUUAUUGUGUCCUGUAAACUGAAAAGAAGCAUUUAUUUUCAGUGUGCCGUCUCAAUAUGAAACUAUAUUUCAUCAAUUCAUAUGAAUAUGGUACAUCUUUCUGUGAUAUCUCGUACCUUUAUUCUUUGUAAAAGUUAUUAUUCCUUUUAUUUCUACUCAUAAAAGAUUUGUUAAAGUUUAGUCGUUCACUAUAAUGUAAUUUUUUUAUUAUAUGUAGUUAAAUCAUUCCUUGUUAACUAAUUAUACUUAAUUUCAUUUUUUAAAAGAAAAUCAGUUAAGUAUAUAUAUUUAUUUUCUCAAAUUAAAAGAUAUUACAUCUGUGUGAUCAACAAAUUUUCAGCGUUUAACAUUAAAAAAAAAAAUUUUUUUUUAUUCAAUUUUCAAUUGAUAAUCUUAAUCUAGAUUUUGAAUGGUAGAAUGUUAAAAAAUGUAAUACAUACAUAGCAAUACGCAUUCAGUACAAUUUAAUUUAAAAUCUUUCUACAAAAUUUGCAAAAGUCGCAACAAAUUAACUGCAAGAAUUUUAGUUUUUAUUUGCAUUAUGACAUUUUUUAAAAAAAGAAAUUCAUUAUUAGUGUAUAUCAAAAUUAUCGUACUAAAAUUGAUUUUAAAGAAUUAUGAAGGAGGUAAUUGUUAACGAAAAAAACAAUUAACACUUUUAAAAAAAAAACUGAUUGAAAAUUUAAAAAAAUUAUUCCUUUGCGAAUUUCCUUGUAUUCUAUUAGCAUUAUUCUGGAUUAAUUUGAUCUUAUAAUGCUUGAUUGUGUUUUUCCAAAGGACUAAUGAAAAGUAUGAAGUAUUAAUUAAUCCAUUUCUUUCUUUAUGGCUUCAAUUAAUAAAAUACAUAUUUUGGAAAAUACAAUAAGUAGCGAAAUUUCAUGAUUAGAGUAAUAACUUUACCAAAAUACUUUAAAACAAAUUUACUUAUUCAAUCUUCUUUUCAAUCCUUAUAUUAGAAAAUUUUUUUUUUAAAAAAAAGGAAUUAAUACCACUCUCCAUUCGUCCGAAUAUCAGUAAUUACUACUAUUGCUAUGUAAAUAUUUUGCCCUUUCAACAUCUAUUUGCAUAAAUUUUUUUAACGAAAUAAAAUCUGGAAAUAAGAUAUUGAAUUUUACUUAUGGCUUGACUUUGAAAGAUUAAAAAUUAAAUAAAGUUGCAUUAAUCCAAAAUAACAUAAAUGAAAGUUUGUUCUGAAGCAGAUUUAAAAACUUUGAACUUAGUUGAAGUUAUUCACCAAAAAUGCUGGUAAUAUUGAUGUUGGAAUUUAGCUGUUUCGCUAUUUCACUAAUUUAGUUUUAAAGGCAUAGUUUAUAAACAUUUGAUGAAAAAUUAUUUUUUAAAACUAGUGCAUAUAUACAUUAACAUUGUUUGUAUGAGUGAUUUGUUUAUUUUUCUAUUAAAAGUAUGUGUACUUUUUAUAUGUAUGUAUAAGAACUAUAAAGUCUUAUUUUAGAAAGGCUUUAAUAAUAUCCAAAGUGGCUUUAAUAUUUUAAACCUAAUUACAUUAUUGUAUAUAAAGCUUAAGAUAUUCGGACAUUGAUCUAAUAUGUUAUAAUCCAUUGUCUACAUAUUUGUUUGCAGCUGUUGUAUUUCGUGUUAUUUAUCUUAACUAUACUCAUUUUUUAGUUUAUCUUGACUUACUAUAAAUUGUAUUUUUUUACUCCUCUUGAAAAUUAACAAAUUGUAUAGAUCUGAAAAGUUUUAUUUUUUACUAAAACAAUUUUUGUACACUAUGUAUCAUAUAGAUACUUGUAAGCUCUUUUUGUGUAAAAGAAAAACUAUAGACUAAAUCUAUGUAUUUUUACACUCUCUUAAAAUUUUUAUAUGUUAGAAAUCUUUGUUUAAUGAUCUAAAGCUAAAACUGUUUUUCAAUAUUCUGACAUGUAUGAAAUAUAUUUUUAGUUUUUUUAUAAUAAUUACUACUUAUAGAAUUUGUUAAAAAAAAAUUAAGAAGCUUUUUUUAGGAACUCUAUAGAAGAUUGUGAAUACAAGUCAUUUAAGUGUCUAAGUAGUUUUUCUAAAAACUAUUUUUGUUAUUCAAAAAAUUAACUGACAAUACUCAUUUUAGUUAACUUUUACGUAUAACUUAAGUAGUCCAAAUUUUUCUUAAUGUUUGUUAAAUAAAGUUAUGAAGAAAUUAAUAUAAUAAUCUGUUUUUUUUAUUUAUAAAUUUUUUUUAAUAACUGUAUUAAAUUUGACUACAAUGUUUAUGUGUUAAUAUAUUUAUCUAUAUUCUGCAUAGUUCUAAUCAGAAAUAAAAAGAACUUCACUUUUACUUAUUCAACCUGCAACAAUAUUUUUGACACAUUUUUUGCAUUAAAGUAAUUAUUUUCUUAAUAUGUAUUUAUCAAUUUCUAUCUAUAUACUGUGAAAAUAAUUCCUAAUAAUAUAAAGCUACCUGUAUUAAUUAAACCAUAAAACUAAGUUAGGGUUAUUAAUUAUUAUUUACCUGUUACUGUUUUCUUCAGGUUAGUAAUUUGUAAUUCCCAUUUAAGUGCUAAAGUAAUUUUAACAUGCACUCACAAGUUGCUAAUAUAUUUGGUGCUAUUGCAACUGAAAUAACCAAACUAGAGCAUUGCAAUAAUCCUAUUGAAAUUUUUGUGAAUAAAAGUUUGACAGAAAUGGGGUUAUUAACACAGUAUCCCACUUUAAUUCUAAUUAUAAUAUAAUUCUGAUUUAACACUAUAAUUCUUUUGUGUGUUCACACAUUAAUAUUGGUGCUAUAACAUAUUAAAUAACCAACCUAGCUUGUUAAAAUAAAAAGCAACAAGAUUGAAAAAAAUUUAAAUAAAGUAAUAAAAGUAAAAAAUUACAAAAAUAAAAAUUGCGGAAUAAGUAUACUUUUAAUAAAUUAAAUACAGUGUGCAACAGUUACAUUUAAAUUUUUAUAAAGAUUAUUUGGUUAUGAAAAUCUAAAUUGGAAAUCACAGAAAUGAGAUAUCCUUAUAUUGUAAAAUAUAUUAAAACUUAAAAAAUAAUACUUAAGUAUC